GUCAUCAAUUCUACGAUUUCUAAGGCCUGAGGCGACUGGUGACAGCUUCAGACUUCGUGGGAGCCACAGAGAGGGAGGAGAGAAUAAUGACGGUAGAAACUAAUAGCUAAACAGUUUGUAAAGUAUUUAGUUAGGAUCCCUUCUCCCCAACAGUGUCAGACUUGUUUCAUUUCGUUGUCGAUCAAUCCUGACACAGCCCACUGCACUGUGCUGUUUCCCGGAUUUCCCUUCCAAAGGCCAAAUCGAUGUAAUUUUCCAAUUUAACGACCUGCCAAUAUGGGCUCCUCCCGGGCCGGAGAUAAGCGCUGCCCAUUAACAAAAACCGACAUUUGAAAUCGUUUGCUCACGGUUACGGCUUACGGAACUUUCUUUCCCUUGAAAGAUUGUGUUUCUCCCGCACGUUGGCACGCUCUUCGUAAUCUGCCGUUUCUUGCUCGCGGAGUUGGUCGCCGGCGAUAACACUCCUCUCGCACAAAGAGAUCUUCCCGACGGUAAUCCAGUUAGAAUAGGUCCUCUCCCUUCUCCAUUCCCAGUCUUUCUCUGACGACAUUUUAAAGCACUUAGAAACCCUAAUUUCCAGUUCCGACUGUCUACUUGUACAGUUGUAAAAAAAAUCACCCCUUGUGUAACCCUCCUCCCUCGCGCUUCUCUCGCGAGCCCCCGGCACCCGGCCACCUACUGGCUCGCCGUCGGCUGGCAGGGCCGCUGCUGCACGAAGCCAGUUCCGCCUCCUUCUUCCCCUCCGCCUUCGUAAGCUCCUCUUCCGCCCGGCGAGGUGGAUCAACACUCAGUCCGGCCUUUUGAACGUGCAGUGAGAAGCCGCUGUUUCUUGCUUCUUCCUCGCGUUCACAGUGACAACUCUUUCAAUUCCUGCGUCCAUACCGCUUAUUGCAGUAGUCUGUCUAUAGCAGGCUGUAUGUCAUGGAUUGUUUAGUCUUACUAACUGAAUUUGGUGGUUUGCUAAUUAUGGGGUUCUGUUUAUUAGAUUGGCUCUGGAGCAAGCAAUAGGCCGUUGAUUCUGCAGCCAUAUGUUGGGAAGCAAACUUUUGGAUUGAGGCGAAUUUGGUCUAGGAAACUUUGCUUGUAGAUGAGCAAUGGAUCACCUUGAGGAUCCAUCAAAUGAUGCACCUAGAUUUCAAUGGGGCAAAAAAAGAGGAGUUGGUGGUGCUAAGAGAAAUUUUCUGUUCUAUGAGUCAUUUAUGAUUGAUAAUAUCAUUUAUUCAUUGUAUGACUCUAUAUAUGCCUAUAAUGAGCUUGGUGAGCCUCAUAUUGGGAAAAUAGUGAAGUUAUGGCAACAACCAGACAACAAGAGGAAAGUGAAACUUGUAUGGUUUUUUCGCCCUAAUGAACUCAAUAACUAUUUGGAAGAUACUCCAUUGGAGAAGGAAAUCUUUUUAGCCACUGGAGAGGGUGCUGGUCUUUGCAACAUUAAUCCGCUGGAAGUUAUAGUUGGCAAAUGUUCUGUGAUUUGCACUUUAAGGGAUGAGAGGAAUCCACAGCCAUCAAAUUAUGAAUUGGAAACGGCAGAUUACAUAUUCUAUCGCACCUUUAAUGUUCAAAGCUUUACGAUAUCUGAAAAUUUUGAUGAAAAGAUAGCUGGAGUAGAAGUAAAGUAUUUUUUAAACCAUAAAGAAGAUCAGUUAGAUUCCAAGACUGAGGUGAAAGCUGACACUGAUAAAGUAGGUCCACUGAUUCCCAUUCCACUCAGUACAUCAAUGCCAGAUCCUUUGAGAAUUCUAGAGAACGCAGAAAAUAACAGCAUCAAACCUGCUGCAACUUCCUUUAAGAAAGCGGCUGAUAUUGUUAGCAAACUUUCAGGACAAUGUCUUCCAGACAAAAGAGGAUCUCCAAAAAUGGAAAUUACUUCAGAAGGUGGAAAUGUUGAAGAUGAUUCAGUAUAUGAUAAAAACAUAUCUCAUUCAGGCUUAGUUGAUGGUAAAUAUCUCAAAAAAAUGAAUAUUCCUGCACAAGUCAUGAAUGCCACUCGUUUAAACAAGAAUGAAGUAGAGUCUAAUGGCUGUAAUUCUUCAAGUCAUCUGCGCAAAGAAUCUUCUGAAAUGAGGAGCGAUGCUCCAGUUGAUAAGAUUCUCAAGAGAAUGGACACUAAUGCUUCUAAAGAAGCCAUGAGUCACCCUAGUUUCCAAAAACCAAAGAUGGAGUCCAAUGGGGCUGGCUCUUCAAAAGAGAUUCUUCAUUUGCACAAAAAUUUGUCAGAGAACAGGAACCUUGUUGAUGGUAAAACUAAAAUUGUAGAUGGACCUGAGAAAAAGUCUCCUCUUUUGGCAAUGACAAAAAAGCAUUCUGACACUGAGGUUUUGCAAGUGACUAGAAGGCCAGAUGUGGAUAAAAGCAAAUGGUUCAAAAUGAAGUGGGAGGACAGAAUACAAAAAGCUGAGAGGGAAGGAACUCUUGUAUUUGUGGAGAAUUUGGACCCAUCAUAUGCAUCAUCAGAAGUAGAGGAUAUUAUUUUCACUACCUUGCAACUAAGUUGCACUGCACAGAUGGUACCACAAGCUACAUUUCAAAAUCCCAAUCAUGGUCAAGCAUAUGUUAUUUUUAAAACAAGGGAUGCAGCAGAUUUGGCAGUUUCAAAAAUCAACCGAGGAUGCAUUUUACUACCAAAUGGAAGUCCCCUUCUCUGCAGCAAAGGACUAUUGGAGGUGCCUAAAUCAUCUAUUCGUGGUCAUCUUUCAGUAAAUAAGUUCCUAACACGAGAGGCGAGAAUGGCUGUGUCAACAUCGCAUUGUUCGCAACCUAACACAAUUGAAUAUGAGAUGGCUAUGGAAUGGCGGCUUAGUGAAGAAUUGGCAGGCAGGAGUUUGAAAAUUUUGCACAGGGAACAAGCUGAUAAGUUGAAGGAAGUGAAGAAGAGAUUGAAAAGCAAAUGAAAUGGCUAUUAAAUCUCCGACUACUCUUUUUAACUGUCCUAGUUUGAAAUUUGACUAGGGAUUUUGAGGGAUGCACUGGCUUGGGCAGUUGAUUUUUGAAAACCGAGGAAAGGAACCUGACCUAAUCUUGGUACGCAGUUUCACUGCUUGAAGUUUCAGCAACUUCUUAACCAGAGAUUAGAAUUGUGUAUAUGUGGCGUAGUUGCUAGAAAUUGCACCGGUAGAGUUCUCUUUCACACUCAGUCUCUGCAGCAUCUUCUGCCUUUAUACAGAGUUUCAGCAUCUAGCGGAAUGAAUUGAGAUAUUGGAUUAAUGAACGCUGGUUAUGUAAGCACAUUACUGAUCAAUAUAGAAAAUCAGGCAUUAACUUUUGGUGCAGCUGAAACAGCACCCUGGGUUAUUAUGAUUCACAGCAAGCUUGUGUACAUGGGUUUGCCGUUGAAUUUUUGCAAGAUUACAUGUCAACUUAUUAGUUGUUAAAGUUGUAGAAUUGUUUCAUUAGUUUAGGUAAACUCGCACUUUUUGUCCU